AUGGCAAUGGUAUUCCAAGAGAAGUGUCCCGUCUUCGCUCGAUCCGCUGCCAAUUCCGGAGCAGCCACCCCUUCAGCAGCGUCAUCCGCCUCCUCCACACCCACUCCUGCACCAUAUCCAUCAUCACAACCAACUAUGCCAACUCCAUAUCCAUCUGGAUCCGGAGCCACACCAUAUCCAUCUUCAGCGACACCUUAUCCAUCGGCAGGAGCCAUGGGAUACAAUCCAUAUAUGAAUGUCCCUCAACAGACACCAUAUCCAAUGGCAGGAGGAGCCACACCGUAUCCAUCGUCGUCUCAAGGAGGCGUCGGAGUACCACCACGUCCACCACCAGUCUCUUCUCAAUCAUCAGUGAGCAGUGGAAAUGGAUCAAUUCAAUCAGAUGCUAUACGAGCAUCCGUGAUGUCGGCGGUGGAGGAGAAACUCAAGGCGAAGUUGAGAGAACGAAUGGGAACCAACAGCGCCGAGAUGGCAUCAAUCCGAACAACAAGCGAUGAGCUUCGCGAGGGACAACAGAAAUUGAAAAAGAUGUUGGAAGAGCUCGAAACUCAACGAAACAGUCUUCAGACAGCCGUCGAAAUCUACACAGUGAAAAAGACAGAACUCGCGAAGGCAUUGUCGGAUGCAGGAGGUACAGAUGCACCACCAAUUGAUGAGGCAAUCGAUGCUGCCUAUCCACUUCAUCGACAAAUUGUUAUGAAUUAUGCCAAGGAUUUGACGUGUGACGAUUUGAUUUAUGCGUUGGGUCAAUCUCUGAAAAAGCGUCACAUCACGACUGCGGAAUACCUGCGACGCGUUCGCGACGUCUCCCGUGAGCAAUUCAUUCAUCGAGCCACAAUGCAAAAGUGCCGAAGAACUGCGGGUCUACCAAUCUAA